AGGAAGGAAAAUAAAAAUAAAAAUUCCCAAGUCCACCUUCACGACGUUUUCUCUCCUUUUCACUUUGCAUUUCAGCGAAUCUGCCUUUGCAGAUAGCAGGUGAUUUGAAAGGAAGAAAGCCACGCGUUUUAGUUCCAGCAUGUGCAAUUACCCAUUUGCACCGUGCAUGGCCAAAGUGGCAUUCACUUGGCUGGCUCCAUUGUUGACGGAGGCAGCUGUGGGAGUGUGUACCUGAAUGGCGCUAGAGUAAUGUUCAUUAUGAAAAAAAACAACCAUGUUCAGGGCCCUAGAUUUCAGAGAUUUGAUCCAUAGCUGGCAGUAUUCUUGGUUGUACACUUUUUGUUUUCUUUCAAAUAAAACGGUUGCAAAUCCUCUUGUUGUCUAAAAUCGCCCGUUGUUGUUAUCCGCUGGGUCAAAAAUCUAUAUUUUUCCUCGGUAUCCAUUUUUCCUUCGGACUCGCUUGUUCUUUUGACAAUAAAAAGUGGCCAUGUCAAGGCGACGAAUAGCUCUGAUCGUCGGAUCGGUUGUAGCUCUCAUAUACAUUCUCACAUUCAUACCAUCAUCUCCUUCAUCAACCGAGCCCUCCCAAGUUGACAGUCAAAAUGAGGCCAUGCGUCACGCUAACGAAAUCAUACCACCCAAGAUGCCUGCUCCAGUCCCUGUACCUGCCCAAAAAGUCAUAAAGAAGGAUCCUAUCCCUAUCGUAGGAACUCCUGACUUGAACAAAGCUAUCGAAGUCGGGGAAGAUGAAAAGUUUCUUGCAUAUCUCCCCCACUCCGGCUUUCACAAUCAGCGUAUUGAAUUAGAAAAUGCAUUUUUAUUGGCAAACUAUUUGAACCGUACACUACUCCUCCCACCUGUCUAUCUGUGGUCACUUGCCAUGCCCUGGCUUCGGUUCGACAAAUGCUACGAACGACUUCUUCUACAGUCCAAGCGUGGUCUUGGCCAUUGCAAGAAUAUACCUUCCUCCUUCCCUUCUCCACCCGAAUGCCUCAAUUAUGAAACUUGGACUUCGGUUCCUUGGAGUUUCUUUUACACCAUGAGCGGCUUUGAACAACAUGCUCGCUUUUAUCAACGUUACGAUCUAAGCCUGGAGUGGAUGUACGAGAACCUUCACAUCAAAUCAAAAGACAUUCACUUUGAAAAGGAUAUUACGCCUUUCGACUUCAGAGUGUACGAUGAUCCCGACUCAAAAACGCCAGUGGGUCGGUUCAAGAAUCGAAUCGAUGUUACUACUUUUCAAGCCAUUCCUGAAAAAGUUCUUCACUUUGGUUCCGUAUUUGGAAGUUACCGCAUCCUGGCCCAAACAGAGGAACAUGCCGAACUCCAUCGGUCGCUACGGAAUAACAUGAUCUUCCGAAAUGAAUAUCUCCUUCGCGCUACUGACUAUGUGGUUUCCAAGAUUGGUGGCGUGAAAGGCUUUGCUGGUUUGCAUAUUCGUAUUGGCGACGGUUUAUUUGCUCGCAAGAAAACCAUCACCAUUGACGACAUGUACCACGAGUUAGUAAACCAAUUCACCGAUUUGACAAAGGAAGAAGUAGAAAAACUCGAUUACACUCAUAUGGACGAUCGUCUGGAAGAUGAAGAGUAUGAGGUCAAGAGGUACAGAUGGCAAGGCAAAAAGCCCGACACGCCAGCUGAACAGGAACCUGUGGUGGUACAGCACCCUCCCGAUGAAGAACUCCAGCGCACACUACAGCAAAUCGUCCCUAUUAAAAUGGAUUGCGCCAAACAUCAAGGCAAAACGGCAGGCUUUCUCACACCCAUCUUUUUAGCAACCGAUGCCCCCAAGCCCAGACAGAAUCCUCUGUUCCGAAAACUUUUCGAUACCUUUCCAUGCGUAUUUGUAUUGGACGACUUUAAGGAUGCCCUGGAUGAAUUGGUGCGACUGCAAGUGGUAGAAGAUGGCGUUCAUCUAGCCAGUUAUCUGGUACCGAUGGUCGAUGCCAUGAUUGCGGCGCACGGACAUACCUUCCUAGGCACCAAAGAUUCCACCUUCAGCUCGUACAUCGAACGCUACUUGCACCCCGUUUACAUUGGAGAAGAGGUCAAGUUGAUGGGAGUGGGACGCAAAGGAGCACAAACCUGAAUUGGGAUUAAGAGGCGUAGAC